AUGGCCAAGUGCAUCCUCUGCCUGCAGGAUGCAAAGUCGAUCAACCUGGGCACCAUUUGGUCCAUCAGAGAAACAUUCGUCGCAAUCCUAGCCGUCAACGCCCCAGUCCUGGGUCCCUGGAUCGCCAAAAACGCUUCGGCCGUGCGAUCCCGCACAUCAAAGAACCGCUCCAAGACGGGCGGCCAAGAGUCAGCUAACCACAUUGUCACCAUUGGCGCGAAGAGCAGCAGCCAUCGUCUUGAUAAAUUGACCAAGGAUGGCCGUUCCGCGAAUAUGGGGUGGACCGAGAUUGAUAACGACAGCGAGGAACGCAUCAUGAAGAGCCUGCACGACGUGUCCGUUUCGGCUAAGCGUUCGGACGAGGAGGUUCGCAGUAAUACGGGAAAUAUCCAUGUCAAGACUACGUUUGAGAUCUCGAGGAUGGCGUAG